CUCAACAACAAAUAAACAUAUAGAAAAACACAGGUCAACUUACGAAACCAUGAUUUCAUGCUCCAUGUCGGAUAUAAUAGUUCAAGAAACUCCUGUGGCAUCAACAUCAACAGCAAGUACUGAACAUAUUAAUCAUUCAAUAGAACUGAUAUCUCAAACAAAUUUAAAACAAACGACGCUGAGUACUUUCCUUAAACGCCCCGUAAGUGUAGUACGGGAAAAAAAAAUAAAUGACUUAAUUUUUAAUAUGAUAGUCAAAGACCUACAGCCUUUUUCUGUCGUUGAAGAUACUGGUUUUAAAGAGCUAAUUAAUUAUUUAGAACCUGGUUACAAAUUACCUUCAAGGUACACAUUUAGUAAUACCUUCCUGGACGCUCAGUACCUUGAAGUCCAAAGCAGAUUAAAAAGAAGAUUGCAGAGUGCAAACUUUGUAUCAAUUACGACCGAUGCUUGGACUUCGCGAGCAGCGACUUCACAUCAGGCCGUUACUGCCCAUUAUAUAUUAAAUUGGGAGCUGAAGUAUGCACUAUUGGGCUGUUUUGAAUGUCAUGAGCGACAUACAGCCGAAUAUAUAAAGAAGGAAUUAUGUAACUUGCUGUCCCAUUGGAAUUUACAAAAUAAAAUAUUUGUCUGCGUAACAGACAAUGCAGCAAAUAUGAAAGCAGCCAUACGGUUGGCCAAUUUUGAACAUUUGCCUUGUGUCGCGCAUACGCUUAAUUUAAUUGUGCGUGCGGGACUUCAGGGCGCUGAACUAGAUUGCCUCAUAAAAAAAAUAAAAAAACCAUCGUGGAGCAUUUUCACAGAAGUCCGUUGGCAACGAAAAAAUUUGCUGAGGUGCAAAAGCAGCUGAGGCCUGGCGAAAAGCCUCUUAAAUUAAAAAUGGACAUAGUGACCAGAUGGAACAGCACCCUGGAUAUGCUAGAAAGAAUGUGUAUCCUUCAGGAGCCUCUAGAAGCGGCCCUUGGACUCCUAC